CCGACACGCCCGAACCCGACCCGUGCACAGCCCUAGCCCGAACGGAGUAAAAGUGUAAAACUGUAAAAGCCGAAAAUCCCAUAUUGAGCUGCUGUUGGUGUAAUUGUUUCUCCUAUCGAUAUACAAAAAAACUGGGGGGAAGUUGAUCGGAAAAUUCGCCGAGAAAAAUGGUGUCGGCGAACAGAGAAAUGGCGGUGUACUGCUUCGAUACCUUGGUGGCUCACUACAAUCGCGAAAAACCUCCCCCUCCUGCCUUCGAUGACGGUGAUCAUCCAUUAUUUGUGACAUGGAAGAAAGUGGAGAAUGGUGGUGAACCUAGUCUGCGUGGUUGCAUUGGUACUUUGAAACCAUACAACCUAAUUGAAGGCUUUAAGAAUUUUUCUCUAGCAAGUGCUCUUGAGGACCGCCGUUUCGGCCCAAUACAGGCUAAAGAAUUGCCUACACUUGAAUGUACAGUGUCCGUUCUUGCUAAUUAUGAAACUGGACGUGAUUAUCUUGACUGGGAGGUUGGUAAGCAUGGAAUAACUAUUGAAUUUACUGACCUUAAUAAUACAAAGAGAAGCGCCACAUACCUGCCAGAAGUAGCUGCACAUGAAGGCUGGACACAAGGUCAAACAGUUAUCUCACUCAUGCGAAAGGCAGGUUACAAUGGCCCGAUAACCGAUUCAAUUUUGGACGACAUCCAGCUAACUCGCUACCAAAGCACAAUCUUCACAUUGACUUACAGUGAUUAUGUGGACUAUGUGAAGACCACCAGAAGUGCCACUCCCAGUAUUAAGUAAUGGUGUGAUGUACACAAGCUUAAAGACUGCUUAGCAGUUUUGCCCGCCAAUUAGCUGCCAUGGUACAAAACUCAUCACCAUGGUUUGUAAUAAAAUGAUAGAAAUUCUGUGUUCAAAUUUUUUUAUGUCCUUGUGUGUGUUUCUAAUAUUAUACGAUAGUAUUAACUUAACGUGCAUUUUAGGCCCUGUGUUUACUGUUUACAGAUUUUAGGGUCUAAAACUUUAGGGAGGUAUUAAGAACAUUUUUAAUGCUACAAUGUGCAUGAUAAACACGUGACAUGAUAGACUGUUAUAUUUUCAAUGUUGUAUUGCCCGGAUUGCAUUUGUCGACCAACUAUUGUGCAAAAGAGCUAAACUGCGAUGGCCAGGGUGAGGCACCAGACUGCAAAGAUACAUUUAAAAUCCACAUUCUACCUUGUAAAACUUAUGAUUGAAAGAUGCAUCUUAAACCACGUACUACACAUUUUACAUCCAUGAUCCAUGUCAAGUGCCAUACUUGCAAAACUUUGAAGGGUUAGUAGUUACGGAGUAUAAGUUUGCUACUUAAGUAUUCAUUCUUUAAUUUUGCUACUCUGCG